AUGUUUGGAACUUUCACUAACACCACUGAAGACGCAAAGCUAUACGCAACGUAUGUGCCCAAAAUCGAGGCAUACAGAGCCAAACUGAAGGCUGGCAUUCUGGAGGAGUACAAGCUCAAGGAAGAGCUUGUUCCUAAGGAGUUUGGUGUUGAUGUCACUCAAAUCCCAGAGCAGAUUCUUUCCAAGAAGGAAUUAGCAAUUGUUAACACCCCAGGCUACAAGCUGGUGGAGGAGAUUGCCAGCGGAAAGCUCACAUCGGUUGAGGUGUUCAAGGCUUUUGCAAAGACAGCCACUGCUGCGCACCAAGUUACCAAUUGUGCCAUGGAGCUGUUUUUGGACGAAGGUUUGAAGAAAGCAGAGGAAUUGGACGAGUACUACGAAAAGACUGGCAAGACUGUUGGUCCAUUGCACGGACUGCCUGUUUCGUUGAAGGAGCACUACAACUACAAAGGUAAAGUCACUCACGGAGCUUGUGUUUCCAGAAUUGAGAAUAUCACCGAUAACUGGUGUUUGACGGUCGAGGUGUUGCUUGAGGCAGGUGCUGUGUUUUAUGUCCGUACCACGGAGCCACAAACUAUCAUGCACUUGUGCUCCAACAACAAUAUCACCGGGCUUUGCAGAAACCCAAAUAACACCUCGCUGACCACUGGUGGGUCAAGUUCUGGUGAAGGUGCUUUGGUUGCAAUGAGAGGCUCUGUCUUUGGUCUUGGUUCCGACAUUGGUGGCUCCAUCAGAUGUCCAUCUGCUUUCUGCGGUAUCUUUGGCUUGAGACCUACUCAGAAGAGACUUUCAAUGAAAAAUGUCACUUUCAGUUCAAACGGUGUUGGCGAAGGCGUCGUUUGUGUUCUUGGUCCUUUGGCCAGAAGUGCACAAGACAUUGAUCUGUUCAUGAAAGCUUCGUUAGGCGGAAAGCCGUGGGAGAGAGACCCAAUUUUGAUUCCGUUACCAUGGAGAGAGGUUGCAGUUCCUGCUGCAAAAGAUCUUAAGAUUGCAAUCAUGUACGACGACGGUGUGGUGAAGCCUACUCCGCCAAUCCUGAGAGGACUGAAGGUUGCUACUGAAAAACUCAAAGCCGCUGGUGCCACUGUCGUUGAGUGGGAAUCCUUUGGUGUUUUGGAGUUGGCAGAGACAUGCGGUGCUUUCUACAACGCUGAUUGCAACAAGGCCCAGAAAGAUGCACUGGCUGCUUCUGGCGAGCCGGUUCUCGAACUAUCCAAGAUCGCUAUGUCGUUUGGAUGCGGAGACAAGGGACUCUCUGCUACCGAAGAGCACAUUGGCCAGGGUCUCAGAGACAGCCACCGUGUGAAGUAUCACGAUAAGAUGGCCGAGUUGGGAGUGGACUUCAUUCUGUCCCCAACGUACGUUUCCGUUGCCGCCAAGCCAGAAACCAUUCAUUACUGGGGCUACACCAGUUUGUGGAACAUUCUUGAUUUCCCGAACGUUGUGUUCCCAACCGGAUUGAAAUGCGAUCCUUCACUGGAUGCUCCUGAUAAGAGCUACCAACCGAGAAGCGAGCUAGAAAAGUACGAGUACGAGCUGUACGACGAUGCUGAGAACUUCAAGGGCGCCCCCAUCUCGCUUCAGUUGACCGGAAAGAGAUGGUUCGACGAGGAAGUCGUCAAGGCGUCGCAGGUGGUGCACGAGAUUGUGACUGCGAAACGAUUCCAGCUUCAAUCUGUCUCAAGAGACCCGUUCAAAUACGUUUAUCCUACGUCUCCAUCUUCAUCCAAGCCCAAGACCGAAACUGCGCUCAAGACCGUUCUCGGAGUGGGCGAGCCUGAACGACAGGUGGUGACCAUCUCCAGGACGCAGGAGGAGCGCGAGCACCAAAUGAGCGAUGAUGAGCUGUUUAGAGAGUACCUGGUGACCCUGUGUAAGGAUUUUCGGCCCACCACCAAAUUGAACGGAUUCAACUCAUAUAUGGUUGGUGUUGACAUGUCGUCGCACGAGGCGAUGUUGUUCGACUCGUUCGUGAAAGGGUUUAUGGUCUCUGUAUCUCCGCAGCUGACCCACCGCAAUUUACAGCCCGGCGUGGUGUUCAUUCCACCGGGAACCACAAAUAAAGCUCUCCGUGAUAUUUUCUACGCUUGCGGGGCAGCGUUCCUGUGCUGGGAACAGCAGGACAUCCGCAAAGAGACAGAGAGCCGGUUUCUCCAGUGCGUGACCCAGCUUCCGGCGCUGGUGCAGUCGAUGAAGUCGUCUGGCGACAACAAGUGGUUACUGAUAGCGUUGCUGUGUCUAUGCUUGCGCGAGAAGUACGACGGGCACGAUUACUUGCGCUCGGCGUGGUAUUUGCAAAUGGCGCUGGAAAUCAUCCGCAGCUGGCCGUCGAUGCAACAGAAGAUAACUAUGUUGCCGCAGAUCGACCAGAUAGCUGCUCAAACGGCUCCGGACAGCGAUGAGAACAUCGAGCUGAUGCUGGACGACAUGUCUGGAGUCAUGACGGAGACCACAAAGGUACUGGAGAACUCUGAGAGGUGUCUGCUGGAGAGUUUCUUGUACAACUACUCUGUGAUUCUGCUUCUGUGCGACCGUGCAACCAUCGACCUGCUGGAAUCGCCGUUCAAGGUGUUUAAGGAGUUUCGUCCGUACAUGAACCAGAAACUGUACGACUGUCCUGCUCCCUGGAUGAAUAACCCAGUGAUGGGGGCGGCGGCUUCAGCGUUCGAGCUGGCCGCGAAAACGAGCUGGCUCCACGCAAAGUACCCGUUCUGUCCCUCCGAAACCAAGCUGGCUCUUGGUGUCCAGAAAAUGGCAGAGUACUACGUGGCUCCAGUGCUGCCGCCAAGUGUUCGUUUUUCCCAGCCUAAACACGUGCAGCGGAAACUGCUGGACAGCUGUUGUACCGCGCGAGUGGUGGCCAAGGCGUCUUACCUGCUGCUCACGAAACUGAUCAACCCGGACUUGUCGUCUGAGGACCCGAAAAUCAAACAGAUGGUGCAGGAAACCAUGAAGGACAUUUCCGAAUUGAGCAUCCACAGCCAGACAUCCUUCAUAGUCACGUGGCCCAUUGCAGUAAUUGGCACCGCUGUCUCCUCAAAAGAACAGCGGGACUACCUGGUCUGGCGGCUUCUCAACUUUGGAUACGCUGUGCGGUCGAGUUGCCAUAUUCGCAUCGUGGAAUUUCUCAAAUCCGCUUGGGGGACAGAACAGCAACCAGGAAUCGGAUUCGACGUGCUGCUCAACAAAAGAUACUUCAAAGGACUGUUUUUAUGA